AUGGCCUUGAAACGGCCAUGUCCCUCCGAAACCGAUCAUGCGCCUAUAUCACAGUACGGGCGACAACAACAACAACAACAACAACAACACCACCACCAACAUCCUCGUGACGUUACACCGAUCAAUGAGCCGUUGUAUCUACUGGGCUCGGUAAGAGUGAUACAACAAUUAGCCCAGAGAAUCCUGCUAAGUCCUUUACAGGUUAUCGAUGUGAAAGCACAGGCUCAAUGGGAAGAAUGGGACUUUAUUCGCCAUAGAUAUUCUCUUGGACCACACCAACAAGUUGCCACGUUCGACAUCUCCCCAAAAAGCGAUUACUUUGAGCUCUCAAUCAAUGGUCACGCGUUUGCACGUCUCGACAAGGCCUUCUGUAGCGAGGCUCGCCAACUCGUCGGACUUGAAGUCAGGCUUCAGGCGUGCUUGGAGCGAAAGCAUUGGGAGCAAGUUUCAACAACAUGGGCACCACAUGCAAGAAGUACAGUGACGUUAUCAGUCGAUGUAAACGUAAAGAGCUUGAUGAAUCACGCUGACAAAGUCGGUAAUAUACUCCUUGGCUCUGGAAUCUUCUUGCAAUCCCCUUCGCAGAAUCCGAGUGCAGAGAUCUACUACAACCCUCAGAUUCUCCAACUCGAUGGAUUCCAUGAGAAAGCUGACGAAACAAUGACCGAGGUAGAGGAUAUGCCAACGCCUGCUGCCGUUACAGAUCAAGUAGCUCAGAGUAAUCGAAAGUCUCCCCAAAACCCCCAAGACCACGUUAACCAGAUUCUUGAUUCGCUUUCCCACAAAGACAUCCUGCACGAGAUCUGUACCGAUACUAAGCGCAUCAAGAGCACACUUAUGCAGCACCAAAUGAUGGCGUUAGACUUCAUUGAACGGCGAGAAAGCGGUAGUCCUUCGACAGAGUUUACCUUUUGGAGAGAGAGGCGCAGAAACGGUGAAACCUGUUUUCAGAAUGUACUGACAAAGUUCGAAGCCCUCAAGCGCUGCGAGGCUAGGGGCGGUAUCCUUGCAGAUGACAUGGGACUGGGCAAGUCAUUGACCAUGUUAUCGGCUAUUGCCAAAACUCUUCAAGAUGCCGAGAGCUUUGCCUCGGCCUCGACAGCGAAUGCGACAGGCUCAUCAACCGUCCGGAAGCCCUCACGAGCGACCUUGAUCGUCCUCUGUGUUGUGUGUCAAUCUGUUAAUGCUCCUAGACACACCUAUCCACACAAAGUGACGUUCCACAAACACAUCAGUACGGAACGACAUGCAGAAGCACACCUCCUUUUUGAGAAAGACGUCAUUUUCACCACAUAUGCCACCGCCUUGGAAGACACCAAGAAAAGUCCGUCACCCUUAUCAAGUGUUCACUGGUUUCGGAUCGUGCUGGAUGAAGCUCAUAAGAUACGGAAUCAAAAGACCAAGUUGUUCAAGGCAAUUCAAGAGCUUCCGGCGCAUCGUCGUUGGUGUCUUACUGGAACGCCCAUCCAGAAUCGUCUCGAAGAUUUGGGUAGCCUUGUUGCCUUCCUCCGCCUCACGGAGCUGUCACGCAUAUCGAUUUUCCGCACCUACAUUAUUACGCCAACGCUCAGUCACCGGAAAAAUCAGUUUGGGAAUUUGCAGAUAUUACUCAGAACCAUCUGUCUCCGGCGAACACGAGAAAUUCUCGACCUGCCUCAGCCCAUAGCCUCCCCGCGGUUGAUCCAUUUAUCAGAUCAGGAGCGCCAUCAGUAUGACAGCCUAUACGAGCAUUAUAAAAAACAGGUUCAGAUGGCUGUUAGUAGCAAUGGAAGAUACGCGUCGACUACUAUUCAGUCCAUCCACGAACUGCGACUCUUCUGUAACAAUGGACUUAGGGGAACACAAGAUGAACUCCAUGGAUCAGACGAUGAGAGGCUCUCUUAUCUGCUGCACCUUGAAAGAAACGCAUGUGCUAAUUGUGGGAUCAGCAUCUUUUGCAUCGACACAGAGGAGGGCCGGGAUCGAGGUAUGUUUAUCCGGCCAUGCAGCCAUCUUGUUUGUCACAGCUGCUGGCCACGGUGUUUGGAGAAAAGGCAAGGAACGCGUUGUCUGCUUUGUGCAAAGGGCCAUGCCCCACCAGACUUUACUACCCAUAUCAGUACCACAGGACUUCCCAAUGCGGCCAACAAAGUUGCGCUCCCUUAUCCAUCCAAACUGUUGGCUCUGCUCGACGACAUAAAACAAUCACUUGGCGAAAAGUGCAUUGUAUUCUCUGCCUGGAAGAAAACUUUGGACCUUGCGGCUGAGCUUUUCACUGGAGCUGGCUUAAAGCAUGACAUGAUUCAAGGAAGUCUAAGUUCGAAACAGAGGUUAAAAGUCCUGAAAACUUUUAAAUCUCUCAUGGGGCCUAACAUCAUCUUCAUGACACUAGGGACAGGGGCCGAAGGGUUAAAUUUGACGAUUGCGACACGCAUAUAUCUGCUAGAACCGCAAUGGAACCCCUUUGUGGAGCUGCAGGCAAUGGCAAGAGCGCAGCGAAUCGGACAGACCAAGCAAGUCGUCUGCGUACGAUAUGUGACAGAACGGACGAUUGAGCAAAAUGAUGUCCUGAAUCGUCAGAUAACGAAGACGAGACUAGCUGGUGGAGGUUUUAAAACUCAGAAUAUAAGUGAUUCCCUUGUAAGAUAG